GUCGGUGGGCGGAACUUUAACGCUGACGACUACAAAACAGACAGCCCGUACGUCACCUUUCAAACUCCAGUGCGAGACAAGCGAUCAUGCCUAGUCAGACCUGAACCAGGCUUCAAGUAUGCCCUCUGUGCGAGCACACCAGUUUUAGUGUAAGUGAACCAUGGAAAACUCAGGCAGGCCUUACCGGGCUAGGCAAGGAGGCUGGGAGAGAGGAGGAGGAGGAGGAGGAGCAGCAGCAGGAGGAGCAGCUGCAGCAGCAGACAAGGCGGAAAGCUGGAGGAUCCAGGACCAGGGUCGAGGGCAGAACUUCAGAUCAGAGGGAGGUCAGCAGAGUAAGAACCAGGGCGGGCCCUACCGGGCCAGUCCCAAGAAAGGAGGACUCGGCCCCAUGAGCUACUCCCCUGGUGGGUUCAGAGGUGGUCAUAGUCCCUCGCAGAAGGAUGACCGGUGGUUCUCGGGUCCCGAGAACAGUGGUGGGACUCGAGAAGAUAACUGGAGAGAGCGUGCGCAGCAGCAGCAGCAGCACUGGAGGAGGAGUUCGCAGGCAGAAGGUCCAAAGGAGGACAGGGAGCAGGGUGCGCAUAAACCAGGGAGAAGACGGAGAAACCGAAACAAGAGAAACGCUUUUGCUGAAGAGAACCGGGGCCUUGAAGAGACCCCGCUCUCAGCCAAAGACCUUCGCAGUCUACAGCAGGCAGAGAGGCGGCUUAACAAAGAAGAGAUCUACUCUCUGAAGAAGGGUCAGAGAUCCCACAACAACCCCGGUGCGCUUUACACCUGCGCUCUGUGCGAUGUGAUCCUGGAAUCUCUGUCCGAUGCUUACAGGCAUAUCAGAGACAAACGGCACAAGAAGAAAGCCAGGGAGAGGCAAGAGCAGGUGAUGCUGAUCGAGAUUCUGCCGCCUGGUCCAGAGCAGAUCAGUGCGGUGAGCGCGGCACUAGAAGCUGUUGUCCGGGAACAUGGGAUGAAUGACGAGGAUGUUGAGAGGAGACAAAAUGUUGUGUCCAUCAUGCAAGACCUCCUUCUGUCCGUCCUUCCUGAGAUCAGGCUCAGGCUAUAUGGAUCAUCUUGCACUAAGUUUGGAUUUAAGGAUUCGGAUGUCAACAUUAACAUUCAGUAUCCACCUCAUAUGCAUCAGCCAGAUGUCUUGUUGUUGGUCAAGGAGAGCCUCUCUGUGAGCCCUCUCUACGUCGAUCUGGAAGCUGAUUUUCAUGCCAGGGUGCCUGUGGUUAUCUGCAAAGAGAAAAAUAGUGGCCUCAUCUGCAAAGUCAGUGCAGGGAAUGAAAACGCGUUCCAGACCACCUCCUAUCUUUCUGCUCUGUCCAGUCGGGAGCAUCUCCUUCUCCCGCUGGUUUUGGGCCUCAGACGCUGGGCCCAGAUCUGUGUGAUCGACCGUGCAGAGGAAGGUGGGCUGCCACCGUAUGUCUUCGCCCUCAUGGUUAUCUACUUCUUACAGCAGCGCAAAGAGUCUCUUUUGCCUACUUACCUGAAAGAGAUUAAGGUGUUUUCACUCAGCAGGUUGUCAGAUUUCAAUCUCACUCAUGUCGAGGAUGGAUAUGUACACUGGGCUUACACCCCUUCCUCCAAAGAAUCAUCACAGCCAGCAGAGGGCUCCUCUGUCAAGGGAAAGGUUCCGCUGGUGUUUCAAAGCCCUCACCCACCUGUGGAAGUCGGGCUUCUCUGGGUUGAAAUGCUUCGCUUCUACUCGCUUGAGUUCAACCUGGCUGACAAUGUGAUCAGUGUGCGGACCAGUGCUGUCCUCUCCCGAGAAAUGAAAGACUGGCCGAAGAAACGCAUCGCUGUGGAGGACCCAUUUGCCGUAAAGAGAAACGUGGCCCGGACAGUGAACAGCCAGCAAAUGUACGAGUACAUCCUCCACUGCCUCAAAGCCACAUACAAGUACUUUGCACUGCCACUCAACACGCCAGCUGCUAGUCACAAGACCCAGGCACAGCGUGGACCCGUUAAAGGAGCAAACGCGAAGGCUGUGAAUGAAGAUGUGUCAGAUUUCAGUAAGCUCAGCAUUCAGUCACAACAUGCAGAUCAACCUGAAGCUGUAGAAAAUGGUCCUGAAGACUCUGAUUGCAUUAUUGAGGAGGAGGAGGAAGUUGAAGAGUACAGUGACUUUGAUGAAGAUGGUGACAAGGAAAAGGUGGACCUGGGCAAAAGCAGUCUCUCUGAAGAUGAGGAGGAUGAGGAUAUAGAUAUCGAUGUGGACGCGCAUAACAGACACCACCUGGACAGCUUCACCACAGAGGACGAGGAGAUUUUCCCGGUGGAUGAGAUCUCAGGGGAGGAGCUUUUGUCUGAUGAGGAGGGUCCAGAUUUGGACACACCUGGCUCAAUGGAUGAGGAAGAGGAGGAUGAGGUGGAGUUGGCACCCGUGAGUGUCCCACCUCCUACUUUAGAGGAUACAAUUAAAGAUGGGAGCCCAGAAAAUAAAAACCAGAAACAGAAGAAACUGUCUUAUGAGUUCACCAGACAAGCUUUCACCAGAGGCAAAUCACACAUGGUUGUGUGCAGCUUGUGCAAGCGUGAUGGACAUCUAAAGAAAGACUGUCCGGAAGACUUCAAGAAAGUGCAGCUGGAUCCUUUGCCUCCGAUAACACCGGAGUUUCUCAGUGUCCUUAACAAAGUCUGUGAGCAGUGCUACACGGAUUUCGCCCCAGAUGAACUGGAAGUGGGUGUAAGAGAGCACAUCCUUCGAGACCUGGAGGCCUUUGUCAGACGACAAUAUGCUGGAGCUCGGCUACAGUUAUUUGGAUCAUCCAAGAAUGGCUUUGGCUUCAGGCAGAGUGACCUUGACAUCUGUAUGGUGCUGGAGGGGCAGGACACCAUCGAUGAUGUUGACUGCAUCACUAUAAUUGAAAGCCUGGCAAGACUGAUGAAGAAACACCCAGGUCUAAAGAACAUCCUGCCCAUCACAACAGCAAAAGUACCAAUCGUGAAGUUCUAUCAUAUUCGCACCGGCCUGGAGGGAGACAUUAGCCUCUACAACACUCUGGCUCUACACAACACACACCUGCUGGCUUUAUAUGCAGCCAUCGACAGGAGAGUGAAGAUCCUUUGUUAUGUUAUGAAGGUUUUUGCCAAAAUGUGUGACAUUGGGGAUGCUUCACGUGGCAGCCUCUCGUCCUAUGCUUACACCCUCAUGGUGCUGUUCUUUCUGCAGCAGAGAAACCCACCAGUUAUCCCUGUGCUCCAGGAGAUUUAUGAUGGAAAGAAGAAGCCGGAGGUGCUAGUUGACGGCUGGAACGUGUACUUCUUUGAUGAUUUAAAAGCACUACCUGGUCGCUGGCCGCAGUAUGGGAAGAACACUGAGGCGGUGGGGGAGCUGUGGCUCGGCCUGCUCCGCUUUUAUACAGAGGACUUUGACUUCAGAGAGCAUGUUGUCUGUAUCCGUCAGCAUGGCCGCCUCACCACCUUCAACAAGCAGUGGACAUCCAAAUACAUUGUCAUUGAAGAUCCGUUCGACCUGAAUCAUAAUCUCGGUGCUGGUCUGUCCAGGAAAAUGACUAACUUCAUCAUGAAGGCUUUCAUUAAUGGCAGAACAGUGUUUGGCACACCGGUGAAAGCCUUUCCUCCCGUGUACCCCAGUCAGAUGGAGUAUUUCUUUGAUCCUGAAGUCCUCACUGAGGGAGAAGUGGCUCCCAACGACCGCUGCUGCCGCAUCUGUGGCAAGAUUGGACAUUUCAUGAAAGACUGCCCCAUGCGUAAGAAGUCCAAGCAUAGAAGAGACUCGGACAGAAGGCCAGAGCACCUUCGAGACAAAAUGGACACAGGCGAGGACACCAUGGAUCAGGUCAGACACAAGAGUGAGCACUGGAGGAAAAGAGAUGCACUGGAAAUGCGCUGCUGCUACCUGUGUGGAUCAAGCGCACACAUCAAGAAGGACUGUCAGCUGUACAGAAGCCCUGCAGGUAAUGUGAAGAUGGAAAACUUUUCUUCCCCCACUUCAGCCCACUGGAGAAAUUUGAGAGAAAAGGAGAGACAGGGUUCACCCAUACAAGAGGAGAAGAAGAGGAAGCAACAAAAUGUGAUAUUAAGUCCACAAGCAGGAAGUUUAGCCUGCCGAAAUUUGGGUCGCUCUGGUCACAGGAAGAGCCCAGUGGAAUGAGCAGCUGCUGUGGCUACACAAACCACAAGGUUCUCCUCUUGUCCAGGCAGACAGCAACCCCAAGUCCAAAAAACCCUCAAAUCUGAAUGGGACUGUUGGGCCAAUGGGAGCCAGUUUAAAAGCCAAAGCCAGGACGCCUUGACUUGAAGCCAAAUAGGGCCUUUUUAUGUGUGUUGUUUUUUUUUUUUCUUUGCCCCCCUAAAGCUCUCCUCCUCAGAGGAGCUUUUUAAAGCUUUCAUUUUAACAAGACAAGCCAUUAUGCAUGCACCUCAUGUCUUUGUUUACCUACACUGCCAGUCAAGUUUUUUUAAACUUAUUACAUUUUCAAGUCCUUGCAGAUUCAGUUUGAUAUCUCUUAAAUUACAAAAAUGUAAGUAACCGAGAAGUGUCUGUUACAUGGCUAACAGUAAAUAGAUGAGGUCUUCAUCUCCAUGAAGAUGUACCUAAUUUGCAGACAACAUACCAUGUAUUUGUCUUGUAUUUGAUUGCAGUCAGGUAAGACAGCUGUAAAACAUUGAUGGUAUGUUGUUGCUACUUGAAUGACUUGAGGUCUGUUAGUUGUGAAGAUCAAGGCCAUUAAGUCACUUAUUCCUUUUUAUAAUUACAAGGUUUUUAGGAAGAAUUUUCAAUUGUUUCUUGAGAUUUUACCAAAAAAUGACAAUAUAGGUUGUUCAAAAACUUUUGAAUGGCAGUGUACCUCUCAUAAUGGCCAGAAUUUUUGUCUUUCUUUUUUUUUUUUAAUCGUUUUUCUUUUAAAUCCUGUUUAAUUUGUCCUCUGCACUGACGUCCAUCAGUCUGUCUCUCCUUCAGCCUCGAAAGCAGCUCUAACUACAGUACGUCUCUGUGUGUUUUGUGUGUCUGUGUUAGAGGUAGAUAUUUUUUCAGGAUUUUAUUUUUUGAGACUGCUAAUCCACCUGUUUCAUCGAUACAUACUGCUCCUCAACUACAUUUUUCGUGUGAACAGUAGGACAGUAAAACUGUAUGUUCCCUGCUAACCCUGGCCUGUAUUUGUCUCCACACAUACUAGGAAGUGUUGUAAUUAUUGUGCGAGAACAUAUAGUUGAGAAAGUUGGGGGAAAAAAGUCUCAUUCUUACACUUGUUAUAAAUAUGGUAUGAUUUUGAAAAACCUAUCAGCUGGUCCAGCUAAUUAAUUAAUACACUGUUGCAAACACUCAAAAACAAAACAAUAGGUAAUCUCAGUUAGCUCAGUGGAGAGAGAAAUGUAUUUAUUUGCCACAAAGGCUUAAUUUUGUCGUAAUGGUGCCACAGAUUGGUAGCUGCACUGUGAGGCGUCCACGCCCCUUUUGAAUUUUGUUGCUGCUAGCUCAUGUCUCAAAGACCUGCUUAUCAUUCAACUUCGAAUAUGGACUCUCUGGCUUUGUUGUCCUAAUAUGGCUGAAUUUUAUAAAAGGAUUGUGUUGUUGAUGUUAUUGUAAUCAAAUUUCUCAUUUUAAAGGAGCUUUGUUUUAAUGCCAGCCUUAUUGCAUUUCUUUUGUUGGACUCUAAUGGGAGGUUUAAUUUGUUGUUAAGGAACCCCGAUCCUGCCAGAAAAGGUUGGCUUGCGAUCCAUUUUGUGUCUCAAAGAAUUCAUUAAAUUGAAGUUAAAUCCCA